AUGGAGGGGCUUUUCUCCGCCAAGUGGCUUCAUAUAACAACUCGGGCAAAUCAGACUAACACAUUCCUUGGAAAUGAUAAAAAAGCUAUAAAUGUUGCACCCUCAACAUUCUGCACACAUUCUAUUGCUUUCUCUCCAAAACUUGUGCCUUCUAGUUCACAAAUUGUUGAAAAAAGUCUCCAAAAAAUGGAGACUAACAAUGGAGAAGAUACAUUGAUCACCAAGGGAAAGGGUGGAUUCAGAGCCUGCAUGUUUAUUUUUGCCUUGACAUCAUUGGAGAACAUGGGAUUUGUAGCCAACAUGAUCACCAUGGGAUACUACUUCUUUUCUGUGAUGAACUUCAAUUCGGCAGGCUCUGCCAACACUCUCACAAACUUUAUGGGCUCAACUUUCUUGCUCAGUCUAGUUGGUGGCUUCAUUUCUGACACCUUGUUAACCAGAUUCACCACUGCUCUGAUUUUUGGAACGAUCGAAAUUCUGGCCUUGGUGUUAGUAACAAUUCAAGCUGCCACAAACAGUUUGCAUGCAGAUGCUUGUGGCAAGACAAGUUGUGUGAAAGGUGGUGCAGCAGUGAUGCUAUAUGUCUCUCUGUGCUUGUUAGCAUUAGGUGCAGGUGGGUCUAAGGCAGCUGUACCUCCACUUGGGGCUGAUCAAUUCAAUCCAAAUGAUCCAAUAGAAGCAAAAUCACUUCCCACCUAUUUCAAUUGGCUAAUGCUAAGUACCACAAUUGGAGCUGCCUUUGGAGUCACUUUCAUUGUGUAUGUUAGCACAAAAGUAGCAUGGUACAAGGGCUUUCUCAUAGCAGCUGUUGCUACUUUUGUUGCCUUCAUUAUUUUCAUCAGCGGGAAGCCUUUCUAUCACCUGCAACCACCCGGAGACAGCCCCAUUAUAACAGUUGUUCAGGUUAUAGUUGUGGCAUUUAAAAACCGGAAGCAAUCACUGCCAGAGAAUCCUGAGGAAUUGUAUGAGAUCAAUGAGAAAGAAAGAGCUGCAAUGGAAGAAAGACUCCUGCACACCAACCAGUUUAGAUGGCUAGACAAGGCUGCAAUUGUGAGCAAAGACUUGAAGGCAGCACCAUGGACAGUCUGCACUGUGACUCAAGUCGAAGAAGUGAAAGUUCUCAUAAGAAUGUUACCAAUUUUAGCUAGUACAAUCAUAAUGAACACUUGUUUAGCACAACUUCAGACCUUUUCGGUCCAACAAGGCUAUUUAAUGGACGGCCAUAUGGGCAAAUUUAUAGUUCCUCCUCCUUCAAUCCCAGUGAUUCCAAUACUAUUCAUGUCAUUUCUUCUCCCUAUAUACGAAUACGCUUUGGUCCCCUUUGCGCGCAAGAUAACCAAGCAUCCCUCAGGCAUUACGCAGCUGCAACGUGUUGGCGUGGGGCUAGUUCUUUCCGCCAUAUCAAUGGCGGUAGCAGGGGUUAUCGAAGUUAAAAGAAGGAACCAGUUCUUCAAAAACCCUUUUAAACCUAUCAGCCUGUUUUGGUUAUCAUUUCAGUAUGGGAUUUUUGGGAUUGCAGACAUGUUUACUCUUGUGGGAUUGCUGGAAUUCUUUUACAAAGAAGCUCCAGCAGGAAUGAGAUCACUGUCCACAGCAUUUACUUGGCUUUCACUCUCAUUUGGCUACUUCUUGAGCAGUGCAUUUGUUAGUAUUAUAAAUGCAGUGACAAAAAAAGUGACUCCAAGCAAACAAGGAUGGCUGCAUGGACUGAACAUUAACGAGAAUAAGCUGGAUUUGUUUUACUGGUUCUUGGCCAUUCUCAGUGUGCUAAAUUUUGCACUUUAUGUGGUGGCAGCCUCAUGGUACAGGUACAAACCUGAAGAUCAUUCUGAGCAUGCUCAUGAGUCUAUAUUAACAGGACCUCCAGAAGAGUUGAUUCUUACUAAACAAGAAGAAAAGAAGGAUGAGGAUGGUGGAGAAAAGGCAAAGGGAGAUCAUGAGGAAGCUGCAACAACAGAAAAUGAUAAAGGAGAAAAGGCAAAGGGGGAACAUGAAGAAGCUGCAACAACAGAAAAUGAUAAAAGAGAAAAGGCAAAGGGCGAUCAUGAAGAAGCUGCAACAACAGAAAAUGAUAAAGGAGAAAAGGCAAAGGGAGAUCAUGAAGAAGCUGCAACAACAGAAAACGAUGAAGGAGAAAAGGAAAACGCAGAUCAUGAAGAAGCUGCAACAACAGGAAAUGAUAAAGAAAAAGCCAAUAAUUGAUGAA